UAAAUAAAUUAAAUGUGGACAUAAAUGUGAAAUAAAAACAUAUUUAUAAGUCGUUCAAAGAAGCAUGUAAAGAAAUAAUAUUGAUUUUUAUUAUUUAAAAUUAGUUCUUCUGGCUUUUUGAAAUUUAGCUUAUAUAUUUUUUUUAUACUUGUAUAGAUGUAUACAUUUUAGAAAUGCAAAAGAGUUAAUUUUGAAUAAAUAUCACAAUGCUACUUCUUGAUGUUUUUCCCAACAAUUUAAAAACUAUUUUAUCUAUCUAUUUUAAUCAAAUAUAAUGUAUAUUGAAUCUACAUUACGUAUACAUUGAAUAAAUUGUUGAACCAGUUUGAAACAAUGUUCUCGAAUGCGCUGAAUCGCAAUGUUUGGAAGACGUUCAAUAGAUAUUAUUUCAAUACUAAUGUCUUUUUAAUUUCUAUUCUAACAUUUUUUUUAGUAUUGAAUCUAUGUUAUGAAACAUUGAUUCAACGUUCGGAAUGUUAUAGUUCAACGUUUCUGAAAUAUUGAUUUAACACUCUUGUGUGCUGUCUCGUAUGGCACUGAACACAAUGUAACAUUUUAAUAUAUUGCAACAACAUUUCAGAAAUAUUACAGAAACUGUGCAAAGUUGUUGCAAACGUUGCUAGACUGUUCUAUAUUUUAUGGAGCAUAGGAUAUACAUAAUGACGAGAGGAAGAAACGCAGAGAUAGUUUUGUUCCUUUUUAAGUUAAUUUCGCAAUUGUAUUCUCUCUCGAAAAACGCUUCAACUUUGCAACGAUCAUGUUCGGUUACCUUUCGGACAAAUUUUUCGAAAUUCAAAUUUCAUCCAUCUGGACAUUGCUGCAUUUUUUCGAUGGCAGAUUAUUAAUUUCUCCAAGCGCGCGGGAUUAUCCCGACGAGUCAUAUGGCGAAGAGAGUAGGAAAAGAGAUUGGGUUAGGGUAAAGUGACCUGCUCUUUCCCGGUCCCGGUCGCGAGAAGAUGCGGGCACCAGCCGGACGAAAGGAGAGAUGGAGAGGGAGAAAGAAAGAAAGAAAGGAAGGGAGAGAUUCCCGCGGUCGCGAUAACGAGUGAGAAGGCUACGCGCCUACGAGGGGGAAGGAUACUCGUAAACCGUGCAGAAGCGCCAGGCCACCCUUGCUCGGGGUUGUGGUGGGUGGCAGAACUACGAGGGUGGCGGGCAAAGAGCCACAGUUGGUUGCGGGCUGUCGCCCUGAUAGCAAGCACGCGCGCUUCCGCGACUCCCGGGUCACGGCACGCGAUCCUCGUGAUCGCGCGCGUCGCGUAUCGAGCGGAUCGUGUGGGUUGGCCGCGCGCGGCGCGAGAUCGGCCGUGCGAUCGUCGCGGUCAGUCCGCCAAGGUCUCGUGGGCACGCGACACUGGCAGCGACGUUCGCUCCGGUUUAAUCGCUACUGAUUUCUCUCUGACAGCGCCUCGACAGUUCUCCGCGUUCGCGUUCGCUUUCGCGUUCUUCGCGCGCGCACGGCCCUUCGGCGGCGAAAUGGAUCGUGGAGGGGACCCUACGUGAUAAUUGCCUACUUCGAAUGGCUACGGUAAAUUGAAAUCGUGCGACCGUGUGUAUGUGUGUUGAAAUGUGUGCAUGUGUGUUCAAUUAUACGUUGAUAAUUCAUUAUCUCGGCGAGAAAGGGGGGAGGGGAAGGGAGAAAGGUCGAGCGAUUCUCGCGAGUUCAUCAGUGCGGAGAUAUCGAGAAAGCUUGUUCCGCGAAUGAUCUCGUAUCCGCGAUGGUGAACGCGUAGAUUGUGAUUUGGGAAUUUUGAAAUAUUAAAUACAAUUACGGAAGUGAUGCGAAAGGGGGAUCUGGCAGUGAUCCAAAAGGGACGCGCUUCAGCCACAGAGGAGGAUGAUGAUGAACGAAGCCACGGUCGUUCGGAAGCCGACCAUCAUAUCGCACGAAGCGAAGAAGCGCCGAAGAGGCUGACGUAUCGGCGCUUGGCGCGCGAAAAUCGCGAGCGGAGCGAUUCCCUUGAGUUUGCGGGGGAAGGACGUUGCCUCUUUUUUCCAACCUGGCGAACUUGUCGGUAUAUAUGUGCACGUGCGUGUAUGUAUGGCGGGCACGUAUAACCCGAAACAGCUUCCGGACAAUUUCGUUGAGCGCGCGCGAGUAAAUCGUUCCAGUUAAUUUUCCCUUUUCACGCGGAGCUUAAGCUCGAGCUGAACGGUGAACUGACGAGAUCACGAACGCGACGUGCGAGAAAUGACAUUACUGGCAAUCGAUACGAGUGGGAUAGACACCGGGUAGAUUCGUCUUCUUUCUCUUUGGAUUUCCGAUUGGCGUUGAAUCGCAGUGCCACGUUCUCAAAGAGCAUCCAGCACCGGAUGUUCCAUGGUGUCCGAAGUCCAGCCGUACUGUUAAUCCGGAUAGGUUAUCGGCGGAUGAGAGGAACCGCAAAAAAAGGAUUCUGAAAAGUCAAGCUCGAUCAAUCCUGUCGCGUGCGGAAGACCAAAAGGUGCCUCCCGCCUCCUCGCCCGCUCGCCGCGCGAUAGUUCCGGUUUGCGAUUCGACAGGUUCAUCGUCACGUAUUUCAUAACCGGGACUCUACACGGUGACACGUGUGCAACGUAUAGACACGUCGAAGGUUCACGUAGGAAUUAUCGGAUCUCGCGGCGGCGUAGUUGCACGAGGUGUCGAGAAACGAGAUGUUGUUAAGACAGACACCGUUGAUUCCGAUUUCGCGGCCUGUACACGGGCAGCUAAGGGUUUCCUCAAAGCGCGGCUUUGGCGGUGUUGAGAAGGAUUAAGGCGCUUGUCUUCUCCCGUGUGUACGCGCGUCAGUGUCUCCUGUAACUUCACGUUAAACCCUAAGAGCAAUAACGAAGUGCAUUAAGGAGAGCAGUAUUACGCGACAAAUUGUCCCGCUUCUUUUCAGGAAGAAUCGAUCAGGCGUACUCGUAAAAAUACAAUUCCGGGAUUGAGAAAAUCUGUUGGCCGUCGAAGGGUCUCAUUUUCUGUUGAGAAGACAGUCGAGACUCGGCGUGAGUAAAUAAGAGAGAAACGGCGAGAUCGUAUUAUUCAUUCGUCGAGCGACAAUCGUCAAUUCAUAAAUUCCGUUGCGUCGCAGGAACGCGAGAGUGUUUUUUUUUCUUUUUGUGUGACAGAGACGUUGGAUCUUGCAGCGGUCCGGAACAUUUUAGACAGACACAAAAUAAAGUAUUUUGGAACGAGAUGAGAUUACACGGCAGCGUUGACCUUUGGAAAGGAGCGAUGAGUGGAUGAAGGGAAAGGGAUUUCGAUAACGAGCGACGAACGUCAAAGGAAAAGCGAGGUUAUCAGAGAGACGUCGAACGACAAAUAUAUUUUGCGAUGUAGUUUGAGCAACGAUUAUUCUCAGAGCGGGGAAAGAGAGACGUUCAUCGAACGGAAACGAGACUCACGGGAAUCGUGGGACGGAAUUUCAUUAUCGUAUUAGUCCGAAUAAAUACUCGAAGGAUUUCCGUAGGUAAGAUCGAUCGCGGUGUGGUCCCGGCAGCCCGCUCACCCUCGACAUUCAUCUUCCAGGGGACCAGAACGAGAAUAUUUCCGAGUCUCUUCCUCGUCCUUCUGUCUCUCUCCUCAACUCUCUUUCGCUCUAUCCUUUCCCUUUCUCUUUCUCCGCUUCUGCUUCCCCUUUCCUUCAGUCUGCGGCGCACAUCCAGAUUCUCUUCGCCGAGCUGCCCGAGAAGUUUUCGUGGCUCUGCGUCAUAUCGCGAACAUUAUGCAUGACCCGGCCGUCGAGUACCCGCAUCUGACGACUACGAUUGUCUCAUCCGAAAGUAAUAGCUUCGGCAAAUACGAGUGAGUCUAUCAUGACGUAAGAUUCAUUCUACAGAGUUGAGCGAUAUCUGCAGCGAGGGAAAGCGCGGUGAUCCGUGAGAGAAGUCAGCGAAUUUGUAGGAUCCUUUGAUACGAUUAGGCGGCAAUGGGAGUACGAGCAUCGGAAAGACGACUUUGAGGAUAAUUGAAUGUUGUUCGUCGAAAUAUCGGGAGUUUUAACGAGCACUUCCUAGAACGGCAAUUAACGAUGGCAGACAUGGAAGCGUACGUUGCGCUACGUCUCAAACGCGAUCAACAAUUCCGGCGACGACGGCCAGGUCGGAUAAUUCUAUUGACGACAUCCGUACCGUGAGGGAAUAUUCUCUCACGAGAGAAGAGGCGAUAGAAUCACGACGGUAUACCCCUCCGCAGCUGUCGCAUCGACGCGCGACGGCGGUGUGGUGACAGGACGGGGGUGAAAUAAAUCCCGCCAUUUAUUCCGAGAUAAAUUCCACAAAAUGAUCCAAAAGCGACUUAUUGCGAAGAUCGGACUAUUAAAUUUCUGGUAGUCAGCUUAACAACGCGACAUCUCGCACAUCAAAACGAUUGCGUUGCUUUGUGAGCGCGGAUUUACGGUGACUUGUUACGGUGACUCGGGAUCAUGGACAAGACGCGUGAUCGGACGAUCGUUCGGCCGACACGGAGCCGUUCAUUGAUCGCAACUGAAAAGCUGGAGCCGGGAUGCUACACGCCGUUAUGUUAGGUAGUGGUCCAGGACGGGGGAGACGCGAAUGGUAUCCAGGGUUUUAUCUUCAACGUCAUCGUCUCGGCUGUAGGAUGAAUCGCGGCGAGCAGGAGACUCUGUUUCGGCAGAGCAGGCAAAUCACGCGGAUCGUUCCUUCCCGCGAGGAUCUCGUUCUGAGCGUCCUCAAGUCGCCGAUCAAUCAGCAGCAGCAGCAGCAGCAACAGCAGCAGCAACAGCAACGACAGCAGUGUCGACAUCCGUAUCAGUCGCACACCCACGGUCGCUUUAACUGCCAAGGUCAUCCAAAUAAUAGGAAGUGCAGUCAUUCAGGUGACAACGAGAGUCUUCCACGAAGCAAGGACCAAUGCUCUAGGCAAGCCGAAAAGCGAUGCAGUACCGCGACCGCCUACGCUGCUCUCCAGGGUAGCGAGGACGAGUUCGCGGCCGAGCAGGGUCUCGAGGCGGAGGACGCCGCGUUGAAGACGCCCGGCAGCGAGACCGAGGACACCGAGGACAACGGCGCGAACGCGGAAGAGCCGCCGUCACCCGCGCGCCGUUUCACUUUUCUACGUCGCUUUCGCUCGCCGCGUUUCGCCGAGGCCCACCAUAAGCGGGUACCGACGCCCAUGAAGCGAAAGUAUCGGCAUAAGAUGAGCAAGCAGAAUAUUGACAAUGAUGACGUGACCGGCGCCGAAGAGGAGCCGCCGAGUCCUGAUCAGACCGGCAUGCCCGAUCCUUACUAUCCGAUUUACCUGCCGAUCGAUCAGGCCUUCAAGGCCAAGUACGUGUUCCAUCACAAGAGGGGCAAGACUUUUCAGGAGCGCCUUUACAUAUUCCUUGAACAUCCCGGCGGCUGGCUGUGUUUCAUCUACCAUUUCGCUGUGUUCAUGGUGGUAUUGGUGUGCCUCAUAUUUAGCGUUUUGUCAACGAUAGACCAAUACAGUAACUUUGCAAACGAAACUCUGUUUUGGAUGGAAAUAUGUCUCGUGGUAUUCUUCGGAGUCGAAUAUCUGGUACGGCUAUGGAGCGCGGGCUGCAGAUCCAAAUACAUGGGCUGCUGUGGACGGCUACGAUUCAUUCGGAAACCGAUUUGUAUCAUAGAUUUAAUCGUCGUAGUAGCGUCCAUGGUAGUCUUGUCGGUAGGAAGCAACGGACAGGUAUUCGCCACUUCCGCCAUCAGAGGCAUUCGGUUUCUACAAAUUCUGCGAAUGCUUCAUGUCGAUCGUCAAGGCGGCACGUGGCGACUUCUGGGUUCGGUGGUUUUCAUACACCGUCAGGAGCUGAUUACGACUCUGUACAUUGGAUUCCUAGGCCUUAUUUUCAGCAGCUAUUUCGUAUAUCUCGCCGAAAAAGACGCAGUUGGACCGAAUGGCAAAACGGACUUCUCGAGUUACGCCGAUGCUCUUUGGUGGGGAGUGAUCACAGUAACAACGAUAGGUUACGGUGAUACGGUUCCGCAAACAUGGAUGGGGAAAAUAGUGGCCUCGUGUUUCAGUGUGUUCGCCAUAUCUUUUUUCGCACUUCCAGCUGGUAUCCUGGGUUCCGGCUUUGCGUUGAAAGUGCAGCAGAAGCAACGGCAGAAGCAUUUCAAUCGGCAAAUACCGGCAGCCGCGAUGUUGAUACAGUGUCUGUGGAGGUGUUACGCCGCUGACAAGGCCAUCAACAGCGUCGCUACGUGGAAUAUCUACAUCAAGGAUCCAGCGCCGGCCGGCCAGCCCUCGACGCCCUUGGGCAAGUUGAUUUGUGUAAAGAAGAUGUAUCUGAUGAUCCAGGUGGCAAAGAAAGCGAGUGUGCUGAAGAGGCGAAAAUCGCGGAACCGGAUGGACGUCCAGCAACAGCAGCAGCAGCAACAGCAACAGCCGACCCUGCCUCCCGUCACAAUAUCGGGCGGCAUAUCGGCCGGUGCCGGGACUGGACAGAACGACAAUCAACGCCUCGAGAACGAGGGGGAUGUGGUUUUUUAUAUGGAGGAGCCCAAAGUGGGCACGCCGAAUCGUGCCAGACGCGACAAUCGUGUGUUUCCGGUUGGUAGGGGAAGCCUCUUCACCUCACAAACGAGCUCGGUAACAGAGGCUACCAGCGAUGAAAUUGACAUCGAUAUCGAAGAACCGCAGAGAGUAACCACAUUGACGGAGGCGCACCGAAACGCUAUCCGAGCGAUCAGGAAGAUCAAGUACUUUGUGGCUCGCAGAAAGUUUCAACAGGCACGGAAACCGUACGACGUCCGUGACGUCAUCGAGCAGUACAGUCAAGGUCAUCUGAACAUGAUGGUGCGAAUUAAGGAGUUGCAGAGGAGAUUGGAUCAGACCCUGGGUAAACCUGGGAGCUACCUGGCGGGAAUCGACCGGGCAGGCAACGUAAAACCCAUGACGAUUGGCGCGCGUUUAUACCGUGUGGAGCAGCAGCUGUCGGUGAUGGACAAGAAGCUGGAUCAAUUGGUGUACGUGCUGAACGCGGUAGCGCAUAAGCAACAGAUACCCCUACGCAGUAUAGAGGACGACGUGUAACAUAGAACUCCCGGCGAGCUCGUGCAAUUCGCUUUACAAGCAGCCACGGUCCCACAGAUCCUGCCUCGCGUUACCAUAACUACAGUGACGCAGAAUAUGUUCAGCGAGGGUUCUUAACGUGGAAGAUGAUGGCACGCGUCCGAUAUUGAUGUCUCGAACAUGUAACAAACGCUAUAAUAUUUGUACUUUCCGGACAUGUUUGGGACUGCUCGACCCCACUCGACCCUCAAGAGAGAGACUGCUGAAUCGGGAGACGUGGCUGGGUUUCGUGGCAUCGAAGAUAUAUCGCCACUAGUACUGGCAACUCCGGCGAUCUUUGUAAUUCUAUUGCGGCGUUGUGUGCGCAAUGGGAUUACAGAAAUCGCCGGAAAAUUACGAAGAUCGUCGUUGUGAUGACAUUUCGUAAAUAAAAACAAAAUAUCACAGGAUAAUCGCUGGCGAUAUCGAAGACAGAGAGCGCGAGGGUCGAUUAAUGACGUAUCCCUUCGCGCUCUUCUUGAUCCCGUGGAGGUUGACCCUGUCGUCGAGAGGAAAGAAAGGAUCUCGACUCCGUUCCGUCUUUUCAUUUCGCCGAAAGAAAAUGGAUAAAUGCCAAUGGGAACAUCACUCGGGCCAACUAGAAGUAAUAAGGAGGAAACAAUAAUCAACACUGAACUUCCUAGAGCAGAUUUUAAUUAAACCCAUGCUGGUCGUUCCGUCGAUCGGCUGAUCGUUCGUUCGUCAAACGGCGGAACCGCUCGUCGACGGUCCCGAAAAGAUUCCAACGAUUCUGCAGGGCUCGCGACUUCACGAAAUUGUGGGUUCCGCCGUUUUCUUCUCGAUCCUCGAACACGGAAGUGGCGCCCCCGCGAAAGUAGAACCCAUAGUUUUACUCCGUCACUCGCGGAGUGUUUUUCCAGUUUCGAUUUCGCCAGCGCAAGCUCUCUUGAUUCAUUUGUAUCCCGACUUAAUUCUUCGGCCUAGCACAAAUGUAGAUACUUCGAGAUAAGCCCGCUUCAAGCUCGCAUUGUACAAAUUCUCCAUCCUCUUUUCUCUUUCUUCUUUUGCGGCAUUGCCCGAUCGCACUUGCCUGCAGCGCCUGUUCCUGAAGAGAAUUACGUCUAAAGUAGAACUUAGGUGCUCCGUGCUGUUUCGUGAAAUCCGCGAUAUGCAAUAUGUACGUGUCCGUAAUAUAUAUUAGUCUUCGAUACACGCGUGAAAAUGAAAAUUUAAACGAAUUAUAAGGACACAGGUAUUCGGAGAUGAGACGAAAGGGAUGUGUAUAUAUAUCGCGCGUGGCGGCGCGUCACUCUCGCAUACAAGUACAAUUUAUAUUUUAUAUGUACAUUACUUACGGAACAUUAUAAGAGUCGGAGACGUGCAUCACGCGAUCUUGAAUCCGCGCGACUCACAACAUUAUAAAGGUUUGUUCGCGUCGCAUGCUCCAAGAGCACUUGGAUCACUGGAUAGAACUAAUGCUGUGAUUGGUGACAAAAGUGAUCCAAGCGAUCCAAGUGCUCUUGGAGCAUGCGACGCGAACAAACCUUAAAGUUUUCUUAUUUAGAAUUAAUGGGAAUAUAUAUACAUUUAGACGGAUCAAAACAACUCCUAGCUUUAUGAAUUUUCUGUGGAAAAAUGAAAAGAGACAGAGACGUGUUUAUUAUAAAUAUCAAACUUUUUUUCAUUUGGUAAUUAAAUUUUAUUAAGAAACAAGUUAAAAUUGCGUCGCCCUUUACGUCAUGUUUAAAAAAAAAUGAUGUUUACAUGGGCACUAUUACUCCCACGGGAUUCAUCAAAAAGCAAAAUGGUACAAGCCUUGUAAAGUUUAAACAUACAUCUAGUACUUGACCGGAAUUGGAAAAGUUACUCUGUGGAAAUAAUUACUACUUUAUAGAAGUAAGUUACAGUUUUGCCAUGGUUGGGAGUAAAAUAUAAUCUGCUUAAUAUAAAUAACGCAAUACUGAAUAAAAACAAAGGAAAAAUACUGCAUUUUUCAUUAAUUACAAGCAAAACGUACAAUAAUAAUAAAUUGAAAAUAACAAAAUAAAAUAAAAUUUCUAGUCUGAAAAAGUUCUUGGAAAUUUAAAAAAAAAAGGUCAUUUCCAGAUUUUUCUUACCAUAUUUUUUUCGGUUUUUUUUUCUUUUAAGAUAAUGACGUUUUUAUUAUUUUUUACACGUCAGUGGUUUCAAGUUUCUUUUACAUCUAAGAACUCUAAUACGUAUGUAAUGCAUCAAUAAAAUCCGUCAUUAUCACACGCUGUCAUAUUUGUUUAGAAAAGAGAACAGAAAAAAAACAUGGCUUCCUUCAAUUUAUUUUUUCAGAAAGUUAUAAACACUAUUCUCAAUUCUGUGCUCGACAUGAUCAUUAUUUGAAAUAUUGAAAUUUGAACAAAAUAGGUAGUUAAAGCGCUUUUUUAUUAUAAAUUUUACUGCUUUUUUUUUUUAUUGCGACAGCAAUCGUUAAAGCUUUGUUAAAAAAAUCUUCUGUUAAACACUAAUUUCAGCUUUUGGUGUUUAAAGAAAAUUAUGUGAAAUUGUAAAUUCAUUGGUUACGUGUCGUUUUUAAAAUACAAACGAUUUUUUGAAAACACGAUUUAAAAGAACUUGUAUAGCGAUCGAAUAGCUAUUUUACACGAUUUUUUAGUAAAAUUUAAAUAUCAAUUAGAAAAAAAAUAUAAUCUUUAUAAUGGAAUAAACAUUACUUCACUAUCUCUUUUCAUUUUCCCCCAAAAGUUAGAUCCUAGGCCUGUCUAGAGUUUCUAAAGUAAGAGUCUGGACAGUCUUGUCAUCCAUCCUAUUAGUGCCGACAAAAUAUGGCGGAACCAAUAAAGUAUCUCGAAUUAAUACUUUGCUCGCGGUAUUAUUCAAAUGAUAAGUAAAACAAUAGGGAUACAAAUUUGUUUUUAACUGUUUUAUUUGUGUAAAAAUAUAAAAAUACAAAAAUACAAAGAAUAGCAUUUUAAAAAUUAUGAUUAAAAAUUAAUAAUUAAGUUAAUAUUAUUUAAUAAUGGCAUAUUUACGCUAUGUUUUCUGAUUUUAAUUGUUUUUAACUGUUUUAUUUGUGUAAAAAUAUAAAAAUACAAAAAUACGAACAAUAUAAUUUUAAAAAUUAUGAUUAAAAAUUAAUAAUUAAGGUAAUAUUAUUUAAUAAUGGCAAUUUAGCUAUAUUUUCUAUCCAUAGUGCCUUCCAAGUCUCGUAUGACGGGAAAUUUUUUAUCAAAAAAACCUUUCUCCGUACAAUUAGAACAAUUAGGUACACAGCAGCCAGGUAUUUCCUACAAAAUUUAUGUAACUUAUAAUGAACAUUAAAUACAAUAUUAAAGGUUAGGAAUUGUGAUUUUUAUGAGCAUGCGUUAUAUCUUUUAUAUUAUAAUAUUUUUUUUCUACAUACAUAUCUUACUUUAUUUUAUAUAACAUUAUAACUUAUUUGAUUUAAUUAUUAAUGUUGUUUUUAUAUCACAAUAUCUACACACGUAAAUACACGUUACCACAGUUUUUGUUUAAUGCAACGCCAUACUUUAUCGAACUAGAUAGUAUGUCUAGACUCUUAUUUUAGGGACUCUAAACCCGUCUAGAUGUAUACAUCCUCUUCUUGAAGCCACAAACCGCGAUGCGGCACAGAACUCUCAAAGAUAAGCAAUCUAAUAGUUUUUCGUUAAAUUAGAUUGAACAAAGAUGACUUAAGUGAGAACGAUCGAAUGAGGAUCGAACUGAUACGAAUGUUAGUCGCAAUUCUUUAUGAUUUCUCGACUGCCAAAGAUCUAUAAGCAGGCAAUACGACGUUAAUAAGUUCUGGGGCAGGUUCGCGUCGCUUCACGACUGGCGGCUUUUCGCGUCGAUCGAUUAAAGUACGGCCAGUCUUUCGCGGGUGGGAGAUCGUUCUUUAUCUAGGCGGAUCUAUCGCACUUUAUAUAUCUAUCACCUCUUAUAUACAUAUUAUUAUGUACAUAUAUACAGUGAGAGUAGAGUUAGGGCGACUUUCUUAAAACGAGCGGCUUCUAAGAGUAUUUUUAAUCACACAGAGAGACAUAUAUUAUAUGCAUACAUAUAUAUUAUAUAUAUGUAUAUACGUAGGUAUAUAAAUAUAUAUAUAAAUAUAUACAUAUAGGUGUAGGGUCCAAAAUUAUACACAUUUUACAAGACUUUCUCUUGAACCAAAACACCACACUUUACUGCUGCAAUGGACGUGGUGCUUGAUUUGAGCCGAUCAAUUCAGCUGUACAUACACGUGUUUAAGCCGAUCAAGCACACUCGGUGUUACGUGCAUAUUGUGCGUCUAUUUGGUUUUUACGCGCGCGAACCAAGUUACAACUUGUCUCUACUGAAAUACGUACAUUUAUAAUAAUACUGGAACGCGCACGAGUCAGAGGAUUUGAGGGAUUUUCCACCAAAUUUGUUUUCUUAAUUAUCAUUAUCACGGGAAAUUUUUCUGGAAAGGACAAAAAUUUCCCUAAACUUUUUAUCUGCUCAAAAAAAAACCUUAUGAUAACAACAAAAUGUGUAUUUAAAGGGGAAAAGGGAACUUCCAAUCUGACAGGAGUGCCAGUUUCGUGAUUCGGCGAAGAUAAUCUUCAGUAACAACUUCAUCUCUUUUUUAAUACAAUCCGGACACAAGUUUCUAUGUAAUAUGUAUUUGCUGGGUGUUCGUUGGGUUUUCACGAGAUCGUAUGAUUCUCACUGCAGUCUAUCAGGCGAACGACGCUCUCGAAUCACUUUUUAACAAAGGAUUGUUUGGCUGUGCGCAUUCCAGUAUUAUUAUACUUCAGUGCCUGUCCCCACACUUGUUUUUAUACCGUUUAAUUUGUCUUGUGUCGUGCCAGUUCCCAUUCGUAUUUUUCAUGCCGGGUAUACAUAUGUGUAUGUAAGAACUGUACAAAAUAAUUUAUUACCUACGUCGAAUGCUCAAUUGUUCUUGAAUCAAGCACAACUUCUAUCGAUUAUAAUAAAAUGAUAGUCAAGAGUCGAUGAUUUUGAAAAGUAAACAGAAUUAAACGGUCGUACCACUUAAAAAGUAAAUACUGUAUACGAAACUUGACGUUUUCUCGACCAAACAUAAGCGUUCCUCUAUUUUUCGACAAUCACAAUGGAUACUCGAGAGAUGAAUACUCCUCCGAUUUUGAUAACAAUUAGCACUUUUGACAUUUUUACACGGCCCGCUCCGUGAAACUUGAUCACUUUUUACGGGACUGAUUCUCGCGACGAUUUGACUAUCAGUUUAUUAUAAGCGUAUAUCUCAUCGAAAAAUAUGCGAAGAAAGUGCACUGGAAAAAAAAAAAAUGUAAGCAAAAUACUCUGUAAAACACGCUUUAGCCUAUACGUGCGUAUGAGCACAAUCUACGGUGCCUCUCACUUAACUUAUUCCACCUUAACACGAUCGAGUAACAAAAACUUGCGGUAACAUAUAGAUUAUAAAUGAUAGAUAUAUAGAGAAUAUCGAUGCGAUGCAACUUGUAGCUUUCGCGGUACGCACGACGGCGCAGUGACUAAGACCUUCUCAUUUAUCUGCUAAUCGUUUCAUAUUGAUACGCAGUAAAAAAAUAUCUUUUUUGCGUUGAAACAGAUCCAUGUUCAAAUUUUCAUGUUAAAUUUUCGACAUAUCCGAUUAUUAAUUUACACAAUGCGACGAUGUUCAAAUAUUUCGUUUUAAAUUGAUAUUCAACGUUUCUUAAACGUUAAAAUAACAAUUUACUUAUUAUAGUAAAUGAACAAGUAACAUAAAAAUAACGUAAUUUUUGAAACAUAAAUUUUAAGAUAAAUGAAUAAAAUGUACAGAUACUCCCUACUUACGAGUUUCCGGAUUUGCGACUAUUGACUAAAAAUUAAUUAGUAGAUUAUAACGAAAUUGAUUAAGCACUUACUAACGAGUAAUCCAAAUUAAAUAAUUUUAUAACAUUAUUAUUAUAUUAAGGGUUAUGUUUUUAAAAAACAAUAGCAAUUCUUUUUAAAUACAUUAUUUGUUUAUCUACGUUUAAUCUAAAUAUUCUAUAAUAUCAAACAUAUAUUAUAAUGUCCAAUUAUUUAUAAUAAAUUUAAAAUAACAAGUGCAUUAAGAAUUAUAAUCGUAAAAAAAUUUGUCAUUUCCUAGGAAACCAUAAUUAUUAGUAAUAAUAAAGUAAUUAUUUUAAUAUUUUAUUCAAAUGGAAUAAAAAUGCUAUUCAACUUACGACAAACUCGAUUUAUAACCAAAAUUUUGAAAUGUACACUUAAAAUUGUUUUAAUUUUAAAUGGUGUUUAGAUUUAAAUCAUUAAAAGCUGUUAAAGAUUUCAUUUUUAAAUGUUUUUGCAUUUUAAAUAUAAAUACCGUUUAAAACUAAAUUAUUUUUAAGUAUCUAAAAACGAAAACAGAAACCAUACAUUUUAAUAUCUUGAAAUUAAACUCUUUUUUUUUUAGUGUAACUCUAUCGUUAGUAGAGGUAUACCUGUACGUCAACGUAUUAUGAAUAACGAGUUACUCUUGCUGAAGAAACAUGCUUUUCCACAACUUGUUUCCAAAUUUUAUCAAAGUAUUAUAUUUUCUGUGUUAAUCUCUUACAUGGUAUUUGCGACUCUCUAACAUAUUUAUCUUGUAUUGAAUUAAUAUAAAAAUUUGGAUGAACUUUCUGGGACA